GAGUACUUCAGUAUUUCUUACAUCCACCGUAACUCAAUCAAUGCUAGAAUUUCUUAUCUGAUUAGAGAUCAGUAGCCUCGCAAUUUACUAAUUUAGGAUACACGGCACAAACGAUUCCACAACAGAAUGGAGACCCACAUAGACAAUCGAAACAGGCUCUGGACCACAAAGAAACAAAAGAAGGCUCUCCUCGACAAAAAUUUCGGCCCACUUUCUGGGCCCACCAUCAUUGGACUCGUCCAGGUCCAACUCUCCACUACCAUUAAUUUUUUUUUUUUGUUUUUUCAAUUUCUGUCGACUCCUGCUUGCUGCUGCAGUGCUGCUUCCUUUUCUGCUCCUGCCACCUAACCAGACGCCUCUCUGUGAUUCUGAAGGCCAAGUCUCUGCGUAGCAUGAUCCUCCCCUUUCAAAAAUACAUUCAAGCAAUCACAGCUCCUUGAUUACCUACUGGCAACCCCAACAAUGUCGAUGUCUCUCCCUCUCACUAGAUUCACCCUACUUCACCACGGAAGUUCCUACUCCAGCUCCAGCAUUUCACUUCCCAAACCCACGAGCUUCCGCAUUCCUCCAUCUCCAAGGUCUCUUGUAACCGGGAAGUUUGAUUACAGGGUGAGAGCAGUUCAUGGGGAAUCCGGAGAGCAUCUGAUUGCUGCUGCUGAUCCAUCGAAGAAACCCAGAUGGGAAAAUGUGCUGGCCACUGCUGCAAGCUUGUACCCUCUGUAUGUCACCACUGGAGGGGUUGUGGCGUGUGUGAAACCAUCCGCUUUCACUUGGUUCGUCGGCAUGGCCCCCAAUUCUUACAGCUUGUCUCUUGCGCUCAUCAUGUUAUCCAUGGGCAUUACUCUGGAAGUUAAGGACCUGUUGCGCUUGUUUAUGCAGAGACCUCUCUCCAUCCUAUUUGGAUGCGCUGCUCAGUAUACAAUCAUGCCAGCUUUUGCAUUAUUUGUCAGCAAAUGCUUGGGACUUUCCCCUUCUCUAUCAGUAGGAUUGAUAUUGCUUGGAUGUUGCCCUGGGGGAACUGCUUCCAAUGUGGUGACCUUAAUCGCACAAGGGGAUGUUGCACUAUCUGUUGUAAUGACCGUAUGCACUACUCUUGGUGCAGUGCUACUCACUCCACUCUUGACCAAGGUUCUGGUAGGAGCUGUUGUCCCUGUGGACGCUGUUAAACUAUCUAUCAGCACUUUGCAGGUGGUUGUUGCUCCAAUUGUGCUAGGUUCAUACCUACAGAGUGCAUUUCCUGCAGUGGUGAAAAUUCUGACUCCUUGUGCACCGCUAUUUGCAGUCUUAACAUCAUCACUACUUGCAUGCAGUGUGUUCUCUGAAAAUCUUGCUCGCCUUAAAUCCUCAAUGAUUGGAGUUUCAUUGCCAUCCGAUGCAUCCUUCAUUGUCCGCUGCCAAUCAGCACUUUCUGGAGAUCUGGCUACCAUUGUGCUCUCAGUGUUCUUAUUGCAUUUAGCUGGGUUUUUUGUGGGGUAUUUAUCUGCGGCCAUUGGAGGGUUUAAAGAACAACAAAGGCGGGCAAUAGCUAUCGAGGUCGGAAUGCAAAAUUCGUCCCUGGGAGUGGUCCUAGCCACAGCUCACUUCACUUCAUCAAUGGUGGCAUUACCACCGGCAGUGUCCGCCGUGGUCAUGAACAUCAUGGGUAGUAGCCUUGGCUUCAUCUGGAGACACAUGGACCCUUCUUCUGGUGCUGGGAAUCAACUCACAGAAGGGCAGGUACCAAAAUGAUGAAGGUGACAGAAAUUUCAGGAACCAAAUAUGAAGAUAAAUGUCAGAUCAAUCAUAAGGGUGACGAUUCUUAUUUUGGUUUCAGAAGUGUGUAUCUGAAUUCGGAUGCAACUCAAUGUGGGGCAUGUUGUUGUCCUUCCCAGUUUAAGAAACGCUUUGGACCUACACCUACUGAUUUGUAUUCUUCGCUGUGGUUUCAUUUCAUUGAUGGAGUCUUGUUGAUAAUCAUAUAAUCAAUAUCGUAAAUAUGCAUUAGGGUGCAUGCUAAGUCAGCGCCAAGGAAGUGCUUCGUCGAUGAUGUCUUUGUUGUCAUCUCCUUGGGUGAAUGAACCAACACUGCUGGU